AGAGAACUUCACAUACCUUAAAGGGCUACUGCUUAGUAACAAUUCUACUCAUACUACUCGAGAGAGAUACACAAUACUGCUCGAGAUGCCCGGUCGAACACGUCCCAUCGACAAACUCGCCACAGCGGCUGCGAAAUGCUCGACGGAGAGCGCAGUAUACGGCAAAUGCAUAUUCUCAGACUACAACAAUGUACGAAAAGACAUGUGCGUCAAUGAGUUCAUGAAACUGAAGGAGUGCUAUCUGAAGGCGUAUAAGCAGCGGUGACGGCACUCGUAGCGACCCAUCAUUCUCUUUGAAGCACACAGCAUACGAAGGCGUUCACUGUAAACAUAGAAAUUUUAAUUUCAU